CUCCACGGCUUGUUGUCCAUCACCGAUCUCCAACCCUUCCUCUCGCCCCCCCUCCCCUCUCUCCCCAAGCCAUUGGGCCAGUGUUCAACAUGAUAUCCCGAGCGGCGGCUCCCUCGUCGUCCCCCCUCGCCACCCUCUCCUCCCGCUCUCUCCGUGCCCAGGCUCCGGCUGCCCGUACCUUCGCGACGGUCCAGGACAACGCCCCCCCCGUCCGGCAUCAUGGCGGUCUGAAGGACCAGGAUCGCAUCUUCACCAACCUUUACGGACACCAUGGCGCCGACCUCAAGUCGGCCAUGAAGUAUGGAGACUGGUACAAGACUAAGGAUAUCGUCCUCAAGGGCCAUGACUGGCUCAUCUCCGAGCUCAAGGCCUCUGGUCUUCGUGGUCGUGGUGGUGCCGGUUUCCCCUCCGGAUUGAAAUACUCCUUCAUGAACUUCAAGGACUGGGACAAGGACCCCAGACCCCGUUACCUGGUCGUCAACGCCGAUGAGGGUGAGCCCGGAACCUGCAAGGACCGUGAGAUCAUGCGCAAAGACCCCCAGAAGCUCAUCGAAGGUUGUCUCGUCGUCGGUCGUGCCAUGAACGCCAACGCCGCCUACAUUUAUAUCCGUGGUGAAUUCUACCACGAAGCCACCGUCCUCCAGCGUGCUAUCAACGAGGCCUACGAGGCCGGUCUGAUCGGCAAGAACGCCUGCGGUACCGGCUACGACUUCGACGUCUACAUCCACCGCGGUAUGGGCGCCUACGUCUGCGGUGAGGAGACCUCCCUCAUCGAGUCCAUCGAAGGCAAGGCUGGCAAGCCCCGUCUUAAGCCCCCGUUCCCCGCUGCCGUCGGUCUUUUCGGCUGCCCUAGUACCGUCACCAACGUCGAGACCGUCGCUGUCACCCCCACCAUCAUGCGUCGUGGCGCCAGCUGGUUCUCCUCCUUCGGUCGUGAGCGCAACGCUGGUACCAAGCUCUUCUGUAUCUCCGGUCACGUCAACAACCCCUGCACUGUCGAGGAGGAGAUGUCCAUCUCCCUGCGCGAGCUGAUUGACCGUCACUGUGGUGGUGUCCGUGGUGGCUGGGACAACCUCCUCGCCGUCAUCCCCGGUGGAUCCUCGACCCCCGUCCUCCCCAAGAACAUCUGUGACGACCAGCUCAUGGACUUCGACGCCCUGAAGGACUCCCAGAGUGGUCUCGGUACCGCCGCCGUCAUUGUCAUGGACAAGUCGACCGACAUUGUCCGCGCCAUCUCCCGUCUCUCGACUUUCUACAAGCACGAGAGUUGCGGUCAGUGCACUCCCUGCCGUGAGGGCAGCAAGUGGACCAUGCAGAUGAUGCAGCGCAUGGAGAAGGGUCAGGCCCGCGAGCGUGAGAUCGACAUGCUCCAGGAGCUGACCAAGCAGGUCGAGGGUCACACGAUUUGCGCUCUGGGUGAGGCCUUCGCCUGGCCCAUUCAGGGUCUGAUCCGUCACUUCCGUCCCGAACUGGAGGCCCGUAUCCGGGAGUACUCGAAGGAGGUUGGUGGUAACGGACCCUACGCUGGUGGUUGGAACCCGGAGGCCCGGGCUGAGGGCAAGCUGAUCUCUCCUGGCAUGUAAUUUACCUACUUUAUAUGUCGACUUCCACUCGGGGAUCGAUCUCGCCUGCCUUCCCGCUUAGAUGAAACCCCCAUAUAGCAACGGCGUGGCGCGAGAUGAGGGGAAGGUUAAAAAAAGAAUCAUCUGCCAAUUUUUCUUUUUUUUUUCAUUGAUGCCUAGAGGGAGUGGUUUUUCUUUACCCCAUAUUUCUUUAUAUCUUACGUGUCGUGUUAGGUUCGAUCAUGUACAGUCCUGGUAGCAAUUCACUUUUUCUUUGUUUGGUCGAG